AUGAUAGUAAAAAUCGAGGCACAGAAGAAGAGAGAAGGACCGGGCCAGUGCUACCGGUGCCAGCAGUUCGGGCACAGCCAGCAGAACUGCUCCGGGGCACCGAAGUGCGUGAGAUGUGCAGGGGCACAUCGCGCAUCGGAGUGCAAAGUGCCACAAGAAAGAGCGGCAACCUGCGCCAACUGUGGUGGGAGCCACCCAGCGAACUACGGGGGAUGCCCAAGACGCCCGAGCUCAAAACCAAAGAGCAAACCCGCCGCGGAGGAGAAGAAGAAAAUCACGAAGCCAGCCCCAGCUGCCAAAAAAGCGGGCAAGGCGCAGAAGAAUAUCUCAAAAUCUGACAAGAAAAAGAAGCGCAGGAGGAAGGAAAGUUACGCAAUUUACAUCUACAAAGUACUGAAGCAGGUACAUCCCGAUACGGGUAUAUCCAGCAAAGCGAUGAGCAUCAUGAACAGCUUCGUCAACGAUAUUUUCGAACGUAUCGCUGCGGAAGCUUCCAGAUUGGCACAUUACAACAAACGUGCCACGAUAACUAGCAGAGAAAUUCAGACAGCCGUACGACUAUUGCUACCGGGAGAAUUGGCCAAGCACGCAGUCAGCGAAGGUACCAAAGCCGUCACCAAGUACACCAGUUCAAAAUAA